AUGGUGGCGUCAGUGUGUUUUCUGCAAUCAACUGGAUUAUUUCUGUCUGUUUUAGCCCAAAAGCGGUGAAAGAUCAAAAUGGUGAAUUUCAAACCAUGGAGAGUAGCAUAAAAAAAUCCCCAGUCCCAAUUUAUAAGGUCAUAUGAUACAGAUAUAGCCAUCCUUGAUAGAACAUUUCGAAGAAGAGUCUCUGCAUAUAUUACCUGACUUAAACAAUUUAUGGAUGUACUGUUAACUUUACUCCAAAACCCUGAAUUUCAUUAAAAUUAAUGGAACAUUUUCCAUAAAGUCAUGUCCACAGCUCUAUUUAAAAAUAAGACAGUCAGAUACCUGGUCAGAUUUAGAACAAUUAAUUGUUUGUUUGUGAUUUAAAUAUAUUUUUUAUAUCUAAACAGAGCAAUAUUGAGUAUUUUUUUCUGCAUGGUCAAAUCAACCAGUGGAUAAAAGGAAAGCACUCUUACUCUUAUUACUUCGAGCGCUCUGUCUAUGAUAUACAAUUGAAGUGCUUGACUUCUGCUUCUAAGAAGAAUUGUCGAUCUGAUCCAUUCAUCUAAUUCCUGUGACCUGUGACUCUCUUGUUUCUCAGUAUGGAUAUGUGGCGCCAUCAUGUGCUGAAGAUGUGAAAUGCAGGAAUAAGAGACUGAGCGCACCACUGCAAAAAACACAAAAGUUUAACAAGAUUGUUUCUCAGUCGUUUUCAGUCAUAUACAAAAUACAGAGACUGAUGGUUUAGAAGAUAGUAAGGUGUUAAAACUGCUGAAGAAAAACCCAUCAGUAUUUGUAAUGCCCAAAUAGUUGAUGCAUAAAAGCUUCACACUGUGAGCUUUAAUGUGUUUGUGCCAUCCAUAGUACCUUUGAGCUAAAUGUACUGUAUAUAUGAAUUAAUGGAUUUUUAUACACUCUGAAUUCUUGCUGAAUGUAUAGAAUAUAGACAUCUAUGUGUAUACAGUGUAUACAUAAACACUGAGUGUAUGAUAACAAGGUCAUCUAGUACCUUACCCAUUCAAUACGUGUCCUUUGGCUCUCUGUAUUCAUUCUUUACCUAUUGGUUCUUGUUCAUGUAAAGAGCAUAAACCUUCACUCACUGUAAAGAGCUAUAUUUACCCAUUAAAUAGUUAUCCACUUACACCAGAGUAAUGUAACAAAAACAGUUUUUAUCCUCUUUAUUUAUCUACAGAUUACAACAUUUCACUUACUGUAUGUCUUUCAGUGUAUGGGUAUGUGUGUAUAUUUAUAUAUAAGGAAUGUCUGUUUAAGGAAUCCUGCACAGCCACUUUGGGACCUGGAGGGUAUUUAACAGAGCACAUUCAGUUGCAGGCUGAUUACACAUGUGCAGGACUGGAUGAUACAAAAAGUUCUUCCUCAUGGCUUCCACCAGACCAGUCAAGAGAAGGAACAUUGACAGUAAUAUGCAGGCACAUACAGGAAGAGUUGUUCAUCCUUUUUGUUAAACAUGCAACUGUGUUUACAAGUUGCUAAUACUUUUGCUGUUUCUAUGAUUCUGUUAAUUAUUUUAGGAGUAGGGGAGAGUGGGGUAAGAUGAGCCAUUUUUCAUAUUUCGGAUCACUACAUCAAGUCAAUCACAGUUUUGUCUCUAACUAGUGUAUCUGCAUAUAUGUCAAGAUGUUGUGCAUCCCUGCAAACCAAAAGAAUGAGUGUAAACAUAACUGUCUUGACAAUAGAGCAUACCAAAAAAAGUGGUCUCCUAUGGUCAACUUACCCCGUGUAUGGGGUAAGUUGACCAUAGGAGCAGAGUAAGUUGAGCUUUAUCCCUACGAACCCCCCUGACUCUCCACCCCAUCCCUCCCUCACCUUCUCUCUCCCUUUUUUUAUUAUUAUUAUUGCAUAUAACUGUAUAAAACUGUAUGAAACAAGCUUUAAAUGAUCUUUUUUGGUCUGAAAACAAUUCCAAUAAAACUUAAGACCGACUCAAUUAACUUACAUGAGUGAUUUUAUUUAUUUUAAAUAAAUGUCUAACCCCUUCACCCAUGUGGUUCUAACCUUCACAGACUCCAUAAUCUCGAACCUGAGGGCCAAACAGGGUCAAAAUUUCACCAAAAAUCAUUUGGAAAUUCAAAAAAGAUAAAAAGAUAAGUUUAAAGGCAAUCUGAGAUAGAAAAAUGUAUUUUAUUUUUAUUUUUUUAUUCUAUUUUAUUUAUUAGUUCAAAAGAUCAGAGCAUGAUAUUAAAAAUAGAAAAAUAAUGCUUUCAAAGAGCAAACACAUGAGGAGAACAUUGAAAUCAGGUUUAAAAACUCAAAAUAUAACUCAACAUUUAAAAUUGGAAUCUAAACUAUAAAAAUGACAUAAAUCUAAAUACUGAGUUGAACAAAAUCAAGGCACGAAAUAAAAAAUCCAAUCAUGUUUGACUUGUAAUCUUGAAAUGCAAAAUUGAAAACAUGAAAUAAAACACCAAAUAUCUUUCCCCAUAUUCUUGACUAUUUAUCAAAUCUUCCUUACUCUUUAAUUUCCCAGAUUUUCGUGGCUUAUUGAGAACAUUUUGAAUAACGCUGCUAAAGUUUACAUUAUUAUACUGGAAGAAAUCUGCAGACUUCAUACUGGUGAGCCAAUAAUGAAACAAAUAUGAUCUUGUGGGCCAGAUAUAAUUGUUCCAUGUGCCAGAUCUGUGCCCUAAAUUGAUGUUCAUCUCCUAAAUAUUUGGUCACAUGAUCAAUUUCUUUUACCAUUUCCAAGCAACAGGGGGUGGCUCAGCUUACCCCACUCUCCCCUACAAUGAUAGCAUCAAAAAACUGAAUCAAGUUUCUUGCAUAUGUGGGCACAAUCCUUACUUCUAAAGGUAAAUCCAGGUCUAAUGUCAUUACGAUAAAAACAGUGACCUAAGACCACCUCCUAGUGGAUCAACACAGAUUUACAGCAUUUUUUUUAUUGGGCGGUCCUUCCACUCCCUUUGGCUCCUCCCCAUCUAUAGUGAGGGCCCUGACGUAGGCAUUCGAGGGUAGCAACAGUUGCCUCGAGACCCCCUCGCGCCAUAGUGACUGUAGCCGUGGAUACAGUUACUUACCAACGGGCGCAACACUCAGCAACAGCAGCAGCAUCUGGAAGUCACUGAGCGAGUGGGAGAGAGCAGAACUUUUCUCAAAUCAAAGGUGACUAUGAUUUUUCGAAAAAGUUCAGGCGUUGAGUGAAUCACGAAAGGGAGAAAAACUGCUUGUGUAUCGAAGGCUUUGGUGGCAGCGUUGGUUAUUUUCCACGACAGAACUUUCCCUUCUUUGUGAGAGCGGCUCUGUCUCUCUCUCUCUCUCUCUCUCCGUUCACUGAUACUCACUAACUACUGACAGCACUUUCUUGCACUAGGGAAAAAAGGGCAUGACUUCAGCCGUUGGUGUCCUCUUUUUACGCCGCUUUCUUCUACUUUCUUCCAGCCGUUUCUGCUCCAGAUUAAUCCGACAUCACUUCACACUUGUUGCUGCGUUGUGUAGUGGUUGCUCAGUCCCAGUAGGAUGGAUGGUUUCAGGCUACCAGUCAUGCUAUCGCUAAUGCUAACUUUGGGGACCUGGAGCGAUGAGUUCGGGUUCAGCCUUGAGGUCACUGGAUUGUUUGGGUUGUCAGCUUCGAGUCCGUCUUUGUUGUCACUGUUUAGACAAAGUGAUUUUUUUUUAAUGUAAGGUGGACGUGAAAGUGUUUAAGCAGGUGGGUAAGCUAGCUAGCGUUAGCAACGUUAUUCCUGUUGCUCAAACUGUUUGCUACGCCCGUAAACUCUGAAGGAGGUCUUUCAUGUUGGCAAGCACUUAAUCCGAGCCUCUGGGUUGAUUAUUUGCCCUGUCGUAAUCCCUCAUCAGAGCAAUGAUGAAUUAACAGAGCAGAAGGGUAAUUUAUAAAGUUAUACAGACGACCUUACUCUGUCACAACUGUGCCAAACGCGGUGCAAACACUGACUCUUUUCUUCUUCUUCAGGAGUUAAGUAACUUGUUAAAGAUACACGGAUUUUUAUGUCUGCAUCAACGUUUGUUUUCAAAAUAGAAAAAAAAGUUUAUUUUUCUCAAACUUGUGUGAUUUCCAUAUUCAGAAGCAGCUUGAAUAACAGGAUAAGUUGCAGCUAGAUGGUGCUAUGACGGUUCUCUUAUUCUGCUCUGUUGUGUCUGUACAGUCGAGUGAGAUGAAAGAUUAAAAGUUAUAGUUUUUAUGUGCUGUCAGAUCAGAUAUACCUGUUGAGCUUCACACUGACCAAUUAUAACAUAAUGAACACCUGGGUGGUCUAAUCCAAUACAAUACAACAGCUCUACUACAAGAUUCACCUUCAGGAAGCCUCUAAAUUUUCAGUUUUUUGAUGAUUGUUGUGAUGAUUAUUAUUAAAGAUAUGGUGGUGUGCUAAAGAGGGUUACAUUCAAAUAUGCCCCACAUAUUUUGUUCAGAUCAUUAACAAACAUAUGAGAGCAAAAUAUUAGGAACACCUUUCAGCGUGCAUCCAAGUCACCACCCACCAAUCAAUUUAAAAGAACAGUAAAAACCCGUCCGACCAUGUCAACAACAACUAAAAAUACAGACGCUUCGUAGAGGGAGAAUUCAUUGUUCAUUUCAUAGUUAUGUUAUUUCCUUGUUUGAAUUCAUAGUUAUUAAAAAUGGUGGUGGUGUACUAUAGAGGGUUACAUUCAAAUAUGCCCCACAUAUUUUGUUUGGAUCAUUAACAAACAUAUAAGAGCAAAAUAUUAGGAACACCUUUCAGCGUGCAUCCAAGUCACCACCCACCAAUCAAUUUAAAGAACAGUAAAAACCUGUCCGACCAUGUCAACGAAUUAAAAAUACAGACGCUUCGUAGAGGGAGAAUUCAUUCUUGGGAUGUUGUGAUGGGUUGUAUCGGAUUUCCGAGGUGUUUAUGUUGAUUUAUUAAUUCAGUCAAACAACAAAUAAAUAACCAUGGAUCCACUGAUGCUGUGCAUGCUGAACAGAUUCAGGAGCAAAUAAUCGCUGUUGGUGAAGUUGUUCUCAGUGUCACUGCUUUAUAUUUCAGAUAGCAGGUCUCAUUGGGUUGCUGUUUGACCUUUAUGCCAGAGUUACAGUAGCAAUCCGUUCUUUAGCAAUAAUGAGAAACAGGGAGAGGUAGACCCCUUUUGUAAUUUUUAAGUCCUUAUUUCAUCUGUUUUACAAUGUUUGGCACGUUUGCCCUCUAUUCAUGCUCUGUGUCUUAUUUUGUCCCCUGAGAAACAUUACUUGUAAUGAACUAGUAUGUUUGCGGAGACAGCUGUCAGGUACUCUGUCAUUUGUAAUGUCAUAUGCUGUUGUUGUGCAUCAGUCACUGCAGCAUAAAAAUGUCUGUUUUCAGAGCACCGUCUAUUCAUACUCAAGGCUUAUGAAUUGAGUAAUAAUCUGCAAAAAGUAUGGUUAUGUGAAGUGAUCUUUUUUUUUUUUUCAAAGAAGAAAGCUCAACAAUGAAUUUCAGCAGAUAGUUUUUGAUUGAUGUGAGCCAGUAUCUAUUUUCUAUAAGUCAACAAAGAAGGUCAGUGUAUGGCUUUAUUGAUAUUGGAUAUUUAUUGAUAUAAAUAUAAUUAAUAAUGUAUAGUGAAUUAAAAUGUAAUGGUCAGGCUGCUUGUGGUGAGACUUAACAGAAGACUUAUCUGGUUUUGUUCAAGCUUCAGAGACUUGACUCUGAUUAUUUGGACGACUGCGUACAGCUACAAAGAAAUUAUUGAGAUGACUGUGCUAAAACUCUGUGUGUAACCCCAACAAACCCCACCCAGCCCCCCCAAUUCAAGCCUGACACUGUUAUGUUUACAUGGCAACUUGAUACACAAAUACACCCAAGUCAUGGAAAGAAAGAGGACGGAGUGGGCCAGGGGGCGAAAUGCUAUUCUUUAAAAGUCAGGGUUUUUAAUCGGGUUAUUUUCAUCUCCGUCUUUGUGGUUGGGGUGCAUAGCUUUGGCUUGUAGAGGCAGGUCAAAAAGAAAUGGCCCUCAAAAAGAAGAUUUAAACAGAGUGGGGAGCAGUUGGUGAGAAAAGUAGAAAUUUCCUACUCUCAAAAUAAUCAGGUUUUUAAAGAGGAGGUAGAUAAAACUUUUUCUCCCAUAGUUUUAUCAUCUCCUCGUUGAAAUCAUUCUGUAUUUUAUUUUUAACUGACCUUACUUGUGAUAUGAUUUACAGAAAAUAUGUCCCUUCUUUGAAUCUUACUCCAUUUCCUCUGUGGCUCUUGUUGAGCCAUCUCUCGGGUUGCUUGUUUGAUCGUGCACAGCCGUGUCUGCUGUUGCCAGCGUGCCAUUUUGAGAUUUUAAUGGACCCAUGUGUGUAGUACAGUUCAGCUAUCAAUAGGACAGCUGCAGUGGUCUCUUAGGCAGCGGGCGACCUGACACAGCUUUUGGUCACAUGUCCUGUGAGUGUGUGUGCACCUUCAUAAGUGUGCGGUGUGGAUGUGUUUGUGUAUGUGUGUUUGCUCAUGCUGUAUUUAGCUUAUCUUGAUGAGGCCUAGGUUUGCCUCAGGGAGAAAUUCUCAAUCCAAUGGCCUGCUACAGAUAUAGAUGUGGACUCAGCCGCUGCCAUCAGUUUUGUUGCUGCAGUUUGCAGUUGAUCAUAUCUGUGCAGAGUUGCAUUAACCUCCUGCUGUGCUAACUGAACUGCCUGCCUUUUGCUCUUUUUUAUUGUUAGAUUAACACUGAUUUAAUGACUUAUCCCAUAACUCCAGUCAAAGGCAUGUCAGGAAAUCAUUGAGCAAAGCAGAGGAACUGAGAGGAGAAUGCCUUGUGGGGCUUGUUAAGUGAAAAAUAAUGGCCCCAUUUGUGCACAUGAAAUGUUUCAGUUUCAUAAUCUUCCUAAUUCAUUUAUUUGUGAAAGGCUUUUCACCUUAAGUGAUGUGCUUUCCCAGUUUUAUAAGAAUCUGUUGAAAGGAAAAUAGUUUAAGAGUCCUUGUGAAACUCACAUCAAGUCAUCCAGCUACAAAGGGUUUGGAAAUCAUCAUAGGCCCACGCUGCUAGGAUACAAAAAGAAAACAAAUCUUGUCAUAUACCAGAAAAAAUGUUGCCACUGAUUGGCCCUCGCCUGGUGGCAACAAGUUGAAACUCGUUGUGAAAUGAAAUGUUUUUCAGUCCGUCUCUUCCGCCUGUGUGAGUGUGUCAUCAGGAGCAUUCUUAACAUUCCACCUGUUUGUAUCGCGGCUACACAACUGCUAAUUAAAUUUCCUGCCACAAACAGCAGACACGGCAGUGACAUUUGCAUCACAAUAACUGACCCCCCUCCUCUCUCUUUUCAGGCAGGGAUAGUAGCGGCCCCCACUCUCCCCCAGCACUUUUCCUUUCUAUUGUAGAGUUUAGACUAUUUUGUUAAGAGAUGUUUAUUUGGCUUAAAACAGGACUUCUGUCAGUGAAAACCUGCUACAAACUAAUUAGUAGAACCAUGACUAGGACCUAAAUAGAGCUAGAUGGGAGCAGAUUAGCAAACAUCUUGACUCCGACUGUAAUUUUGAAUGUAAUUUGCUUGGUCUGCAACACAACUUUGCAGAAACACUUUAUUCGGGAGCCUUGGCAAGGAACAGGAGCAGAAAAUGUGAUUUAACAGGUGGAAACAAUCCUGUUCCAGUCUCACCGUGGUUUACCUUGAAGUGCAACCCGAUCCUGAUCUUUGAGAAUCCUCUUGUCUCACUCAUUAGCUUUAAAAGAGAGCAAAUGUUAAUGUGGCAUUGUUUAAUAAAAUGGAGGGGCAGCUUAAAAACAGCAUUGUAUGUCAAUCAUUUCUUCUUCUAAGAAUUAAGUGUGCUGCAAUUUUCAUCCAGGGCAGCACAGAUUAGUGGGAUCUAAUCUAGAUUUACAAUGUAGGUAGUCUAGAAGGAAAGAAAACUGUUUUAAUAAUAACUGUAAAAAAUCAUUACAAAGCCUACAAAACAUAACCAGAUGUAGGGAUAUAUUGGAUUUUCGCAGUAGUAGAAUUUACCGGUUACUCUUUUGUGGCGGUCUGUUUAUUAAAUAACUAACCCAUCAUAAAUGAUAAAUGUAAUCUGUCUCAAAUAUAGACAUUUGCUAACAAUGAAACAUUUAAAAAUCACAUCAAUCCACUGGACAGUGAGACACAACAUGGUAACAAGAUUUAUGCAUAAUAGUGAUUGUUAAUGAUCAGCGGAUAGUAUUGAAUGCUGCUGAGGUUACUUCACUAAUUUUUCCUGUUUCUCCAACCACUGGAUUUUUUUGUCUGAAGAGAGGAACACUUUAAAUCUAGACUCACUGUUAAAAACAUGAACACUGCGGCUUUAGAAAGAACAAUUUGGCCUGAAAUAACCCCACAAAUAUACCUAUUUGAUGCAGGCUUCUGUAUUGAUAUUGGGUUACAUUGAAUCACCAAUACUAUUUUAUGUCAAAGAAGUAAAAGAUUCUUGACUCUUAGUUUGAUAGCCUGGCACUGUAUGAAUAACAACAACUGGGAUCUGUCUCAAUAUUUCCAGCAUUAACUGAUGACUCAUUGUUUGUGUCAAGUAGUGCUUGUGAAAGCAUAUUGUAAGUACAGUGUAGUGUCAAUGUUGUAUCUUUGCGGAGUGAGUCCUUGCCAAGAAGGCCGACUCCUUCAGUGCAGCAAACAGCUUAUCUCAGGUUCAUCGGUCAAGCUGCCAGCUUUUAAGGUAUUCUCAGCAGAAUGUGGUUUUCCAGGGAAAUAGAAGUCUGAGGGUUGGAGGUUGGAUCAUAGGAGCACACCUGUUUAAGACAGCAAGUGGAAGUAGAUCUAAAGAAUAUAAGCGUGAGCACUCUUGCUCAGAUGCAAGUCUGGGCUAGGUCUAGAAAUUGGUGUUAGUGAUUGGCUCUGAUUAAAUGAGCCACUGUGUGAAAACAUCGAAGAGACAGCAGUAUGCCUCAGGCACAGAGGUUAUAUUUGCAGUUCUUCCUGUUUGAUAUUAAGCAGGAUUUCUUAUGAACAUAAGAUUAUCGGGAAUAGCAGGCUGUGGGUAGGGCACCAGUGAUAAAUACUUGAUCUCAGUCCAAGACCCUAUUAGAUCCUGGAUGUCAAAAAGGAACAGUUUUUGAAUAUUUCUUACCAUGACCCUAAAUGCUCUAUUUCACCUCAAAAUAAACUGAUUUUAUUCAUUUCCGUUUGAUUGGAUUUUUGUGGAAUGUGCGGGCAUCAUAAGGGAAGGUGUGCUCACUUCACCCUGUCGAAUUUUGUUAAAGAUAUCAGAGCCGUAGGAGGUUCUUAACAGAAGUAGUUUUUGUUUCUUAGUUUGAACCAAUCAUUGACAUUAUCGUGGGGAAAUGACAAAACAGAUCGGAUUAUAAAAUAACUGAGCAUUUCCCUUCCCCUUUAACUUUCAAGCACUGAUCAUGAUCAAUGAGCUGUUGACUCUGGUAAAGUGGUCUCGAUUGUAUCAACAGUAUGGCAUCAUUUGGACACGACGGACAGAUAACUGCGAAACGGAGACACCCACACGUAUGACCACAGUCCAAUUACAUCCCCAGUUGUGAUCAUCUGCCCACCCAUUUCCUAUUAUUGUUGUUGUUUUCCUGGUUGAAUCUCUCAAAAGGAGAUUUUCAGUGUUAAAGAUGAGGGCUGGCUGUGGGUUGAUGGGGGGACAGUGGAAAUCUGGAAAGGGUUAGAAGAGGUAGGGCGGGAAGAGGGGGGACUGGCGGAUGUUGCUAGUGUAGAGCACUGGCGACCACACAAUCUCCAUGGCAACCGUUUGAUCUCCCCUCUCUGAGGCUGUCGGGCCUGCAUCGCACAUGGUGACAGAGUGGACAGGUUUUGCUGAUGACCAGGGGUGGAGAGGGGAAGGAGGGGGCGCUUGGAUCAGAGACAGUGGUCAGUGCCUCUUGUUUCAGCUCUCUCUCUCUCUUUCUCGCUCUCUCUCUCUCUCUCUCACCCCUCUUAAACUCUGCCAUCUGCAGACCCCGAGAGCUGCUUUGAUUGGAUUAGCCAUGAAUUAAUGAGACAGGCUUGAAGAACAGCCUCUGUUGUGGAAAUCUCUUAUCAUAUCUUAAUUCGCUCUUUGUGUGAGCGCGUGUGCCUGUGUGAUCCUAUAGGUUUCUUUUAAUGAAAUCAAAGAAAAAAGGGCUACUGCCUUUUUUUUCAGACCUGCAAAUGAAAUUGGAUUUGCUUUGGAAAAUCUCAAACGGGGAAGACACGCUGAAGCUUCAACAGAGACCUGUUGCUCCUCUUGGUACAUGUAUCGAUACAACUACACAGUGAUGAACAGAUUUCCUGAGUGUACCUCAAAAACACUAUAUGAUUUCCUCAGUCUUGAGUUGUUUUACUUUAUAGUAACAUAAGCACUGCUGUUACCAAGUGGCUUUAUCAUCACCUUUACUCAGGAAGCUUUAGGACUCGUCUUGCACUUUUGAGUGUUGUUUUUGGGUGGCAGGACCAUAAAACGGCUUUGAACAAUGGACUGUUGUGUCUCAUAUGACUUAAACAUUCUUUCCUCUUUUUAGCACCAAGUAGUUAGAAAAACAGAGCACUUCAGUCUGUCCUCCUAAAUCAAGUCUGAACCAGCGAAAAGUCUGUACAUUUUUACAUAACUCUGCCCCCGUGUUCCCUGGUGUCUGGAAUUAUUAGCUUACAUAGUAUUUAUUGUUGUAAGUUUCUACUUAGCGUGAGAUAGAGGGAUCAGGUGGGGGGAUGGCAUUGUUUGGUUUGGGAAGUAUUCUGAUGGUUGCUCAGCAACAAGCUCCUGGAAACGGGAGUGGACGGUGUUGCCACUAGCAACCGUUGUUGCUCUGCAAACAAUGUGGGCUAGUGCAAACAUGAGCCAAGACUGUGGGCUUCUGCUUUUAAUUGAACAUCUGUAUGUGUUUUUCUCUGAUUGAGCCCUGUUUGAGACAGAUCUGUCAGUGACAGAUGUUUAAAGCUCGUCUGCACCCUCAACAUGAUCAACUUAAGUACCACUGACAGUUUCUGAGGCUUUAGGCUUUGAAAUGUUUCCCUUCCUGUUUCUGUUCAGUUUUGAGAAACUCAGGUAACUCUUUCAGGAGGAGCUGCGGUUGUAAUGUUGUUAAGCACUUGUCUGGGAUUUGGGUAAAUGAAAACAGGCUUACUGAACUGCCAUGAAAAGUGAUUUGUGUCUGUCUGUCUGUGUGUGUGAAGUUGUCUCCGAGUUGGAGUCGGAAAGGUUUGGGUUUUGAACAGCAGCCCGGCGUCCACAGAAGCAGUUUUGCAGCAGUGUGCUAUGUCUCCUGCUGUGGUCUACCUUUGUGCCUUUCAGAGCUGCUUGUGGGGAAUGUGUGUGGCUUUUAACCUUCCCUGAACAAGAAGCAGAAAGACUCUGUGUGCACUCUCUCCUGACUUUUCCUACCUAACAAUUCGGCACACUUCACCAUACCUAUUAGAGCUGGCACUUUAAUUGAGCUUUAAUGGAUGAAAAGUAGCCAGUCAGUACUUUCUUAUUCCUCCUCCAUUGCACCACAACACCCGCUCCCCAGAGGUGUGGAGAAGCCCUCGGGCAUCUGUCACUUCCUCUAGUGAAAAAUGACAAGUCUGAAGAUAAAUGAAGGGACUCUUGCAAGUGUAUUUAUAACCUUAGUGACACAACAUAGACAAAUUCCUCUCUGUAGAAAGUUUCUCGAGCACUGCAGCGACUCGUGAAAGGUUCGCUCUGAGUUGGUGCUGUUUUGAUAAAAGUCCCGAGGUACAUGAAAGAAAAAAUCACUUUGUAUGAGAACUUUUCAUAUGAGAAAGUGCCACUUCUGCCCUUUGUUAACAAACACAUUGAAAACCACCCAAGAGAGGUUAAUCGAGGUAAUAAAAUAUAUCCUGUGCUUGGACCAUGUGUGUGUCUGAGGAUUAACACAUAUCAGAAAUUUCAACAUAGGCCUCCUUCACUCAGACUAUUAGUCAUGUAGCCAGAGUAGUGUGUCCUUGCCUGUGGCAAAAUCACAGCACAUGGAAAAUGCCAGUGGUGGCACACCCAAAUCUGUUGUUUUUUUCUGUCUUAAAGGUACACUCUCUGUUUUUUCAGAGGGAAGUUUCAAUAGUGCCUUUAAGACUUUUUUUUUCUAAACUUGAGUGUUUUUGUUGUACAAAGCUUAAAACAAGUGGAAAUCCGAAUUGUUAUUUUAGCAGUCAGCAGAAAACUAUUUUUAGUUCAGGAUAUGUGUAGCAAGGGUAACCCGUUCAGUAUCUUAUCUGUUUUAUUGGAUUAUUUCCUUUUUAAUCGAACAGAUCAAAGGUGUACCCACUUUGUAUUUUCUUUUAGUUUGAUUGCGUAACAGAGAAAGAGGACUGCUGCUGUUUUUGACUUGUCUCUACAGUAAUAAAAAGUGAAAGUGUCUGAUUUCCUGUAAAUCCAUGUAAGGCAGCCUUCAACAAAAUCCUAAUCCUUGUGAGAGAGAAAAAAAGAGAACCACAAAUCUCUACUCUCGAGUCAGGAUUACAGCUAUGUGCAGAAAUCUGGAGGGAAACUUUGGUUUAGUACCAUUUUCUCUUAUUAUCUUCUGCUGUGUGGAGGAACUUCAUGAUUAUAGGUUGCAAGGAUUUGGUGGUAUUGUCCGUGAUAGCUUCAACAUGCUGCGUUUAAUAGCAACAUUUACGGCGGUUUUAUAAAUGAGUGGUUUUCCUCUUGUAUCAUCUGUCUUUAACAUGGCCGCAAAGGAGGAUGGUACUUUUAUUUUGGUGUUUGCACAACAUUUAUGAAGGAAGUCUGGUUUGGUUACCGGUAAAUGUAUUUCCUCUUUCUGUCACCCACUAGGUUUUCUUGAUUCUGACUUAUUUCUCCUUUGACUCACGUGUCUUUUUUUUUUUUUUGUAACAUGUGACUGAAUUAAGAAGACACAUUUUACUCACUAUGGCCAAUGCAAUAGUUUCAUAAAUGUCUUUUUUGGACUGAAUUGACUCAAAUCAAGCAGCCCUGUCAGAAAGUUAUGAUUCAGUUGAAAUAGCACUUCUGCACCUGUUGCUUACUGCCGCCAAAAUCCUAUUUGUGCAAUCUCUUUUAAUAAAGUCAAGUAACAUUUUAGAUCCUGUCGUGUGUUAUUGCUAAUCAUGGUGUGUCUGGAGCAGGUUGCGUCUUGCUUUAAUGCUCCUGAUGAACACCGCUCUCCUGUCAUGCAACUGACUUUUCCUGCUACUCUUGGAUCCCUGCCUUCGACCGAAGCCUGCUCAUCAAUUCAACCCACCCCCCAACUGUGCCGUAUCUCUCUCUCGCUCUCUCCCUUAUUCUAACCCUCCUCCCCCUCACACUCCAAAGUUCCUGUGCAAGAGCUUCAUAAAGGGGGCGAGGGAGGGCGGAGGAGUGAACAGAAGAGGAGAGUAGAGGAGAGGGGGUUGAGUCGGGGGUGGUCGUCAUGGAUUCCUCACCAUAGCAACCGACAAACGUUUACAAAGCAUUGAGGAAUUUCCUCAUAUCAGCUGGAUUAUUGGAGCCCUAUGAGAACAGUUCUGGUUUGAAACAAAUGCUGGAUAUCAUCAGGGUCCUGGCAGGGACCGGAGCCCCACUGCCAUUUUCAUCUUUUUUUUUUUUUUAAAGGAGAGAGUGGGGAAGUUGUUUUUUUAUCUGCUUACUCCCCCUUGCAGGUCCAUUCUUCUCUUGUCCCUGCCUUACUCCCGCUCUUUCCCUUUCUGUCCUUUUUUUUUUUUUGUGAGAGCUUUUGUGUAACUCCAUUUUUAGCUCCCCUUUGCUAUGCUGUGCACAUUGUCACCCAGUGGAAAGCCGAGUGGCAGCGGUGGGUUUGGUCCUCAGGAAGCAGUUCGGUCCUGCUGGUAACUUGAACUCAUGUACUGUAACUUUCCCACCUGGGCCUGAUCUGUCAGCAGGACCUGCAGUAUUGAUGUAAAUCUCUUGGGCUGCUUAUUUUGCUGUUGAUUAAGUCCAAAGGUGAUCCAAGAGCUUUACUGCCUCAGCUCGACUUAAAACAGCCAGGAACCCCCUGAAGGGUGAUGAAUUCACUUAUUGCUUGAAAAGGAAAGGAGUGAGCCAGAGGAGCAUUCAUUAUCAGUUACAGUGUCCACACUUAGAGACCUUAUUAUUUUCUGCCAAACUUUACAACUACUUGUAAAAGUAUUUUUUCCAACUCCCUCCUGCUGAUGUCUGUUUUCUUUUCUCCUUCUUCUUGUCUCCUAAAACCCAGCAUGCAGAGCUCAGAGGGAGGGUCAGACACCACGACCAGCGUGGCAGCGCUGCGGACGUCAUCAUCAGCUCAGGCCCCUGUGGUACAGCCUGUCCCAGCCUCCCAGCAGGUAGGGACUACGUCUUCCCAGCUGUAAUGACAGGACAAAUGUAGAAACGCUGUAAUAAAUGCUCCAUCCUUAUUUCUCUUUUUCAGUUUAGCAUUAAAAUUCUAGUUAUUCAAGAAACCAAGCUUGAUGUGGCGUCCAGAAGGAACACCAGAUCCCUUCCUGGACGCACUCAUAUGUCGUCAAUCCAAUCGAUCACUGAUGAGAAGCCAAGGCUUUGACCCAAUCUCUCUGUCAACAGAUGCCUCCUAUAUCUGUUAACCACACUAGAUUUAGCAUUAAGCACUCCCCUGCCUGUGUACAUCUGCUUUACUUCAGCCGUCUCAGGUUGUAGAAGACAAUGCUUUAAAGAGAACACAUGGAACGCUUUCUAAAAAAAGCCCCUCAAACUUUAUUGUCUGUAAUCAGAGAAGUACCCUGAGAAAAUACCCACUAAAAUCCGUCAGCACUAGCUUAAGUCUUAAGCCUCAAGGGGGGACAUUUGUUUACGUGUUUGGCCGUGUUGUCGACUGUCAUGUGUUUACAAUGUCGUGUAUGUGUGUGAUUGUGUGUGCAUACCCAUGUAAUUGAGUUAUGUCUUGUAUCCACACAGAGGGUGCUGGUUCAGGCCACAGGCUCAGCUCAGAAGGGAGGACAAGUACAGCAGCAUUCAGUACCCAGGGUUCAACAGGUCCCUCAGCAGGUACACAGUACUAUACAUACUUGUACAGUGCUGUGAACAUAUUUGUACACCCCUUGAGAAUAAAAGUAAUUCAUAAGUUCCCUUUACUGAGCAUGUUAUAUUUUUCAAUAAUGCAACACCAGCAGUGGUUUUGUUUCUAUGAAUCCAAAUCAGCAGAGUCUGUUAUUACAGAGGGCGAAACCUUCUUUGAUCCUGGAGCCUUUUUUAACUUUAAAAGAUAAAUAAACUGGAAAAAAAAAACACAUUCUUGGUAAAAUUAAGUUUUAAGUCUGGGGUGUUGAUGUUUAGCCUUUGAUUAGUAUGUUUUAAACGAUGAAUAAUGAUGUCAGACAUGGCUCCCUACUUAAUUCACUAAUAGCUGCUCAUCUAGGGCGUGUGCCAAAUAUUUCCCUCCGCUCCUCUCAAGUGUUAAAAAAUAUCUUUCUGUGGCUGAGCCUGGCCCACUGCCUCCAUACAUGAGUGUCAUAAAAAGAUCUGUAAAAGCUGUGUGAAUUAUCUGAUAAACACUAGACUUGGUUGGUUAUUGAAUGGUGGUUAUAUAGUGUAUAUUUUGAAAUCUAAGCUUUUAUUAUAAUGUGUUGUAUUGUAUGUGAUGUAAAUUUUGAGCCAAGAACAAUGAUUCUUGGGGACUUGAACCAGAUCCCAACACAAAUCUGUGUGAUGAUGUCUAGUUUCUAACAGUGACUGGAAGCAGACCUGACUGUCUGCUGUUACCUCAUCUCAUUAAUCCGGGCCGUAGCAGACCUCAGCAUCAUCUAACAGUAGAUGGACGAUUAAUGUACCUCUCUUUAACAUUCUCGAGCGUCACCAUUGCAAACAUUACAGGCUGUGAUGUUUGUUCAAAUGUGCUUGACUGUAUUAAACCAUGAUCCAGUUAAAAAUAAUUCAGCUUUUCAUGAGAUCUUACAUUUCUACCUCAAUGUGGGAACUGUUCCCUUUUAAGAACUCGCAUGAAUAAUGUAAGUCAGUUCACUGUAAAGAACUUUGACUAGAAGUUUUCCAAGAAUAGAAGCAAAAAUAACAAGUUUUCCUUCUUCCUGUUUGUCUCUUUGUACACAGGUGCAACAGGUGCAACAUGUUUACCCAUCCCAGGUCCAAUAUGUAGGAGAGAGUGGAGAGGCUGUUUACACUAAUGGAACUAUGUAAGCCAAUGUAUAUUACACUGUUUACAAAGCUGAAUUUGUGUAGUUCAUGUAUUUUUGAUGUUUAAAAAAAAUUAUUGAAGAAAGGUAGUAUAGCCAAAAAGAUACAAACGCAUAAAUAUGAUAACUUUGACUCACAUUUCUAGAUUAACAUUGUUUGGUCUACACAUAUUUAUCCUUUUUCCAUUAUUUGUGUGUCAUUAAACUUGAAUUUACCACAGUAAAAAAGGAGCUGAAGUGCUUAAAAUGUACAUAUUUUGUGCUUUUAAAACCACACAGACACAGCACCAUGCAUGAAAUUAUGCUCCACUUUGAAAUCAUUGUUGUUCAGUUGAAUUAUGUAUGAAUCAGUACUGAAUAAAUAGCCUAAUGACAGUCCACUUUACUCAUCAUUUCACUGCUUUUAAAGUGUCUCAAAUCAAAAUCUUCUAAUAAAGCUAAAGUGUUCUCAAAAUGUUUGAUUCAACUCUGGCAAUACUGAGUAUUUCACAUCACACCAUCAGUUCUACAGGUGUGUAUGAAAACAGCUUCAGUUUAACACAGAGGAAAACUGUAAAGCAUCGCCUUGAACAACAUUACUGUAUGUUAAUUACGAUAAUCUCUCCACAGUCGGACUGCUUACUCCUACAACCCCGACACUCAGCUGUACGGGCAGAGCGGCGUAGGAACCUACUUUGACUCACAGGCCGGCGGAGCUCAUGUCACCACCGUGGUCUCCUCUGCCAGCGGCGGGGUGCCCUCUCACGGCAUGGUGGGCAUCGCAAUGGACGUGGGCAGCAGUCACAUCAUCUCCAGCGGGAGCACCUACCUGAUCCAUGGAGGAAACAUGGAAGGCAGCCGCAACCACAUAUCACAUUCAUCACGCUCCUCCUCAGCUAUGGUGAGCUACACUUGGACUGGCGUUUAUGUGAUACUCUGGAGAACCUCUUUGAGUAGGAUGAGAUCAUUUGGCCUGCAACAUAUGGAACAAGAGUUUUUUAGUUUCUACAGACAGAAGAUGACUUCUCCAGUAUACUCUGAGAAACUGUUUUGCUAAAUUUAGGGAGUCACAAUUCAGGGUUUGAAUCUUUUAAAGUUCAUGCAUAAGUUGUACCUACUAACUCAGUAGAUGUGGCUAUCUGAGCAGAGAUCCCCUCUCCCACAAAGUGUAGGGAGAUGCAAACAAGUGCUAGCUGUCAUCACUGCUACCCGAGCCUGUGUCCAGACUGUCCAUGCUGUGGGACAGGCUUUAAAUUUAGGGAGAGACAUGCAGUGUGUACAGCAACCUGAGUUGGGGGCCUCCCAGCUCUGCUGUAACACACAGGGAACAGAGUGCCCGCAGAAUCGGGACACUGGCUUAAAUAAUUCAGCACUGCCUUGUUUCAGAGGUUUUCACAGGCACUUGAGCGCCCUGUAAAACAAAGCAACCCCUGGGGCUCAUUACCAUUUGGCCAUGAGCCCUCGGGAGCCUUCUUAAGGCUUGGAUCGCUGCCUGCCUCUUUUUCCUUUUCUUCUGCGUCUCCAGUUUGGCUGCAACACCACAUAUCUUUUUCUUUUUUGACUUGAUUUUCCUCCACAGCUCAGCAGAACGGCCCUGGUUUUGUCGUUCUCUUUGCCGGCCAGUUGGACUCGAUAUACUUCUGUUGUCCAAGACUGACUAAUAUGCCAGUGUAUUUAAGACCAUGACACUGUUGCUAAUAGCAGAGUAAAAACUUUCUAUGUUAUAUUUUCACAUGUUCAAAUUUUACUUCUCUAUAUCUAUUAUUGAUCAGUUUAGCGGUAGGGCUGAGGUGGGGUUAGGCUGACCUCAGAGUCUCCAGACUUGACGUGACCUGUGCCCCUGUUUGUAGAUCCUAUUUGCAUACAUCAGAGUGUCUGACAGCAAACUUUCACUGAGCAGCUUAACCCUAUGAAUCCCUUGAUUUGCAUGCUUUUGUCAGCCGAUAAUGGAUUUGGCUGCAACACUGACUGAUUUUAAUGGAAAUGCAAAGAUCUGGCUGCCUGCUAACAGUCUUAUUUCCUUUUAUUUUUGUCUCUGUGGUUUUUUUGUUUUGUUUUUUGUUUUGUUAUAUUCUCCUGCUUACGUCUUUCUCUCUCUCUCUCUCUUUUUUUUUCAUCCCUCUCACCCUCUUGCCUCCUCCCUCUUCUGUGUCCACUUUUUUGCAUGCCUCCUCUGUCUUUAGCUUGAAAUGGCGAUUGAAAACCUCCAAAAGUCUGAAGGAAUUGCAAGUCACAAAAGCAGCCUGCUCAACAGCCAUGUAAGUCAACCGGGAACUUUCUUCGUAAAGGACACUAGAAAGAAAAAAAAAUUGAAAAUCAAAAGUUGAACUGAUGGAAAGAUGUUAAACUUGUGCUUUGCAAAGUUUAACACACUUCCUACUCUGCUGGCUUUGUCUACCUGCUGUGCUGUCACAAUGCUGCGCUUUGUUGCCUCAAUAAGUUUCCCUCCUUGAUCUUAACAUUUCAUUGGCUGUUCCCCUUUUUGCUUAAACGCACAUCUUCAGUAUAUUUCUUAACACUCUGCAUGGACUUUUGUGAAUGAUUUCCCUGACUUCUGUUUGGUUGACCCCUGACUCCUUUAGACCAAGACAUGACACUAAUGUCCAAAAACCUGAAUGCAUUUUGCUGUGUAGAUUCUCUCCCUACACUCCAACUCUAUAAUCUCCUCUGUCAUCACACAGUUAUCACACGGCUCAUAAGAAUACUUCAUAAGUACCUGAUUUGCAUCUGGUAUUUUAAGCUUUUUAUGUAAAUUCUUUAUGAUUGUGCUGCUACAGAGAGAACUCUGACUUAUCCGAGAUUCAUCAGAUGGAAUAAAGAGCUCUUCAAAAGUUUAAUCAACCUUUUUUUAUGCUGUAGUUACUGACCGUUUAAGUCAAAUGUAAAAAAAAUAAAGUUUAAAUGUAGCCACAGUAGGAGUUUGAAGGAGCUGCAAUGCCUGUCUGAUGUUUAACCUCAUGAAGUAUAAAGUCAUUUCAUGUGUGUUGUGACUCUUGACGUGAUAACAGGAGGCUGUACUCGUCCUGAUUUCUUUCAAGGUUGACUAUGUUUACAGACUGAUUGUCAGACUGUUUCUCCUUCUGUGUGCUUUUAGCUGCAGUGGCUGCUGGAUAACUACGAGACAGCGGAGGGAGUGAGCCUGCCCCGCUGCUCCCUGUACAACCAUUACCUGCGGCACUGUCAGGAACAGAAGCUAGAUCCGGUCAACGCAGCCUCCUUUGGCAAGCUCAUCCGCUCUGUCUUCAUGGGCCUGAGGACCCGCCGCCUCGGCACCAGGUACAAACAGGAGGAAGUUGUUGCUGAUGCCGAUAACAGUAAUCAUGUAACAGUUAUAGAUGUGAUGAGCGUGAUGGAGCUCAUAGGCAUUGGAGUCUCGCUGAUGGAAGAGGAUAAUGAUAGUGAUUACACUGAUGGAAAAUCUGCUCCUCCUCACUUGUUUCUGGCUUGUCUCUCACUGAUUCUACUAGAGGCAACUCUAAGUAUCAUUACUACGGCAUCCGGGUGAAGCCAGACUCUCCGCUCAACCGGCUGCAGGAAGACACACAGUACAUGGCCAUGAGGCAGCAGCCAGUCCACCAGAAACAGAGGUCAGCACUCUCUCCCACACAUGUGCUCCAUUGUUUUCCUCUCAACAUGAAGACGUUUUCCAGUUUCUUUAAGUUUUUUUCUUGUAGCUUCAGGUUCUGAUUUAUACUUACUAAACUGAGGCAAACUGUUUGCAUGGACUGACAUCUAUUACACAAGAAAAAUGUUAUUUUCCUCACAUGAAGUUCUCUUUGCUUUGACUGAAGUUGUAUUAACCUUUGCACUUUUUUUAUGAGAAUGAAAACCAGAAUAGCCCAAGCCAUUAACAGUUCUUUGGUCCUUAACCCUUCCUUCUUGGUUCUUUUUAAUCCAGCUAAUAUCCGUGUCUCUUAACUGUGUCCAUAGGUUCAAACCUCUGCAGAAGGUGGACGGCAUGUCUGACAGCCUGUGUGGGAGCUCUCAGCACUGUAACAGCACUCCAGAGCAGUCUGUGGCCGCUCAGAGCCAACAUCACCAGCAGUACAUAGGUGAACUAUCCCCACCUCUUUUUUUCAUUUAAUCUAAAUCUUUCAAGACAGUGUUAGUUUUUCUCUCAGCAGCCAAUCAAAUUAAAACACACAUUGUAAAGUCAUUCAAAGAUGAUCAGAUUGGUCAAAUUAACCUUAGUUAAAGGAAAUGUGUUUUUGUGUUGACAUGUACUUAAUGAUCCGCCCACACUGUGUUCUGUCCCGUGGCCUCUCUUUGUGUGUGUGAGUGUGUGUUUGUGUGAGUAAUAUGAGUGACACCUGUCUCUAUUUUUGCUUUGAAAUGUAUGCAGAUACGUCUCACUCCUUGCCCCCUUUCCCAUCACCUGACUUGGGCACCCAGCCGCUGCCUGAGCGCAUCAACAUGAAUGACAUCAAGAAGCUGCAGACGCUCUACAGAGACCACUGUGAGGUACAUCAUAUCCCAGUACCACUCUCUUUUAUUACACCCGAAUGAGCUUAGGAAGGUUUAGACAAAUAUAUGAUGUCUGCCGGCCUGCCAUGCAGUCCAAUCAAUAUGGUUGUCAUUCAAGCUACUAGAGGUGGGAGAAAAAAAUCGAUACAGCAUAGUAUCGCAAUAUUUUGUCUGAUGAUAUAUCGAAUCAUCCCAUUGACCAGGUACAGAUUUCCCUUCAAAUUAAUUGCUAAUAUGAAGUCAAAUCUAUAAUAAUGGAAAAAAUAAAAUCAACUGUUUGUCCAGUGGGGUUGGCGGAGGUGACAUCAUAGAGUGGGAGAAAGGUAGUACAACAAAUAUAUAUUAGGUUUGCAAGAUGUGCUACAAGAAAAUUAAAAACCGUGUGAAUAACGUUAACAUGAAGGAAAGACAAAUGCUUAAUAAGCUAAACAGCUGGAAAAUGUGUAUGAAUUGCAAUAUAUGGUAAAACAAUACUCACAAAAUAUUUGCAAAAUGUAAAAAAUCGCAAUAAUAUAGUAUUGUGGCCCAAGUAUCGAAAUAAUAUCGUAUCAUGGCCCAAGUAUUGUGAUAACAUCGUAUCGUCACCCAAGUAUCGCAAUAAUAUCAUAUCGUGGGGCCACAAUAAUAUUGUAUCAUGGCUCAAGUAUCAUAAUAAUAUCAUAUCAUGGCCCAAGUAUCGCGAUAAUAUCAUAUCGUGGCCCAAGAAUCACGAUGGCCCAAGUAUCACGAUAAUAUUGUACCGUGGCCCAAGUAUCACGAUAAUAUUGUAUCGUGGCCCCAAGUAUCACGAAAAUAUCGUAUUGUGGCCCAAGUAUCACGAUUAUAUUGUAUCAUGACCCAAGUAUCAUGAUAAUAUCAUAUCACUGCCCAAGUAUCGCGAUAAUAUCAUAUCGUGGCCCAAGUACGCGAUAAUAUCGUAUCGUGGGGCCAUUGUUGAUUCUCACCCCUACAAUCUACACUGACUUUUUGUGGGAUAAGUGAACAAUAUGAAAAAAAAAAAACUUCUUAAAACAGGAGACAGAAUAAAAGUAGUCAACAGGUGGAGCGUCUUUUAUGAAUAUAAUGGAAAACGUACAGUAUGUAGGUGUAAAAAUAACCUUCAAACAUGCUGACAGUGAGAAGUACAGAAAUGAUAUAAGACAUUAAAAUUUGGGGUCUGCACCAGCAGGAGACCGGCUGUGAUUAAAGCAGUGAGGCUCUGGCUUUAUCAUAUUAUCCCUGCCCUCCCCUUGUCCAGUCUCACCACACUCCUUUUGUUCCUGCCGUCUUUUCAUCUCUGUGCAGCUUUCAAGACAUGCCAAUUAACCUUUCAGCGCGAGGGGUGGACAUCUUGGUGUCUUUGUGGUGGCCUCCCCUCGGGCCUUUGUGUCGCCUUGUCUGUGGACAGGCGCAUGGGCUCCUGUCUUUGUCUGCCAGCACAUUUCUGUCACUCUCCCAGCUCUCAUUGAGUUGUGUGUUUAAUGUUUAUGCAUUUUACUUUUUUUCACUCCUUUUCAUGCAGGCCAGUAGUGACCUGUUAACACAUUAGCCAAGACUAAUUGAUAUCUAUCUUAGUUAAAGUUUCAGUAAAGGUAUAAACUGACCGAUGCAAAGACUGUAUUCCUAUAUUUUAACUUUUAUUCACUUUUAUUCGUCUGUUUUCAUAUAAGGGCUAUAAACAGUUCAAGACCCCCUAUCAGGCUUGUAUUUAUUGUUGUCAUGGUAACAACAGCCAAAUAUUCAGACACCAACUGUGCCAUAAAAUUAAUGCUUAAACACAAAUGAGUAGGUGUUUAAUUAAAGUUCUAAGGGUAAUAAAUCACACUAUAAACUAGUGUGUGUGUGCGCUUGUCUGUCUGAGUGUGCAUGUGUCUAUUCUUCUCCACACUUUCUCAUUUUCUUUUUCUUUCUUUCUUUCUUUCUUUUCUUUAAGACAUGUUGUUUUCCCUAUGUCGUAUAAAAACUGGACACAAAAAAGGGAAAAGAAAAAAUACCGCUCUUGUUUGGAGGGAUGGGGAAUUCUCCUUUUUGCUUUGGAGUUCUGUGUUUGACCUGUUGCUCGGGGCGACCAUAAACAAGGUUGCCAUGGCAAUGCCUGGAGAGGAAGCAAAAACAUAUCAUGUGAUUGAAGCCUACACUGCUGUGUAACAAGAUCCAGCAGCAAGUGUACGUCCUGCCAGAUAGAGACAGGAGAGAAUCUCCGAGCGCGGUGUGAAUCGUAUGCUCGCACACCUACAGGCUCGACGCAGAAAAACUCUGACAUGUUGGAAAACAGAAAAUCAGAGGGGUUUGACCUCUGUCUCUGUGGAGUCAGGCCCAUAUGCUCUCAUCACUCUUUACAGCUCUGAUUCUUUCUGUUUUAUUCUGAUAAUUUUGUGCUCGAUUUAUUCAAUCAGCUUCUUUUUGAAACCAGAUUACAUUUCUCUCUCUCUCUGACUGAAGCCUGAAGCCAUUUUUAAUCGUUUUAGAUCUCCGCCUUACCACAGCUUCCUUUUGAGACCUUGCUGUGUGGUUGUGUGUUUGUUUAUACUUUGCUUUCUAAGAGCUUCAUACUUCUGAACAGGAAGGAGGAAGUCACAUGGGUAGUUCAGGUCUGUGCUUUUCAACUUAAAUGAGUCACAUGUAUUAAUCCAGAAUUAUUUGGACAAGUAAAUAAGAGAAAGAGGUAAAAUAACACCUAAAAGACUCCAGAUGAAGCCUGAACGUGUCCUGUAGGAUCCUCCUGAUGAUUAAUGUGCAGGGAGCUGUGUUUGAGCUGGCUCAUUGUCUAACCAGGAGGGCCCACAGUGAGCGAGAGCCUGCCUGUAGAAACUUUGUUGUGUGUCUGGUUGCCAUGGUUCAGCUCUGUAUGUUUUGUCCCCCCAUCCUCCUCCCUCCCUCCCUCUCUCUCUUUUCCCUCCUCUCUUCCCUCCCUCUCACCCCCUCCUCCCCCCUUUUGCUGCUCUCCUGCAGGCCACUUUGGAUGUGGUGAUGAACCUUCAGUUCCACUACAUUGAGAAACUCUGGCAGACCUUUUGGUAUUCAACACCGCCAUCUAGUGACGGCAGCACCACCAUCCCCAACAGGUCAGCUCAGUCAUUCUACUCUGUCGUAUUUCUGCUUCAUGAAGCCUUACAUAUAAAAAGAGUCAAAGUCUAACCCCCUUCUUAUCUGACUGUCUGAACUUAAUGUGCUUGUAACAGUGUACAGUCUUUGCUGAUGUGUAUUUCUUUGUGUCCCUCUGCCUGUGUAGCGAUGAUGACCUGGAGGGUGUGAUUCCCAGAGAGAAGCUGGUAGCUUUGUGUAAAUAUGAACCAGUCAGACUAUGGAUGAGGAGCUGUGAUCACAUCCUGUACCAGGCUCUGGUGGAGAUCCUCAUCCCUGAUGUUCUGCGCCCCGUCCCCAGUUAGUACCUCUGCUUUUUUUAAUAAAUAAAUUAUGAACGAUACCACAGCUUUACUACUGGAUUGUACCGCUUGGCUUUGAAUGUCUCAUAUAUUUUAGUUAUUUUCCAUUUUAACACAUAUUGUACAGUAAACUUUAUAAUGCUCUAUUUUGGGCAUAUGUUCUGCAGAGAUUCUAAGUGAGUAAAUAGUAGGAGUGGGAAAACCGAGAGCAUCAGAAUCAGAGAUGAGCGGCAGCUUCAGAUCAUUGAAAAAUCCAUAAAAGAUCAGGACCAGCUGCUGUUUGAUGUUUUGCAACAGUUAGAUGAAACAAGGAUUUUAUGUUGAUUAACUGAAGGUGAUGUCAUGCAUUUUGAUUCAGUGCCACUUUAAAAAGACAGCUAAAGGGUCGUGUAGUGAAAAGAACUGGGUUUCUAGAGCAUGCCGGGUCAGGUGGAGUCAAUCCAUGCAGAAGAAUGGCUUGAUACUUGACUGGUUUUAGUCUAGAUUGUCCUUCCAUCACCUGGUUUCAGGUCAACUAUCUUACACCAAUAUCCAACAAUAGCUUGCUGUUCUUUGAAACUUACGAAAUAUCAAAAAUCAGUCCUUUUCUGCUCAGUUUUCACCUCAAUCAGCAGUAUUAAGGGAUUUUGCAAUCAGUGCUUACUCAGGACUUCUGUAAUCUUCUGUAUGGUUGACCCCUUUCCUAAACUCGUCUAAUACUUUGGGACUUGAUCCAGAUCUGAUGGUAGUUCAGCCACUUUGUAAUCCAGGCUGUUCUGUUUCUUCAGGCACUCUCACUCAGGCCAUCCGUAACUUUGCCAAGAGUCUGGAGGGCUGGCUGACCAACGCCAUGACCAACUUUCCACAAGAGAUUAUCCGCACCAAGGUAACUAGAGGACAUACAUGGAGAGAGACGGAAUCGAAAUCAUGUUUGGGUGUAAAAAUGUGAAUUAAGAUCCUGAAACGUGAGUCUGGGGAGUUAAUAAUGUGAUCAUUCGUGACAUUUUCAAACACCUCCAACCUUUGCAGUCUCCUGUAGAGUCAUAUGUCACUGCACAGUACCUGCCGCCUCUUCAGUGGUAUUUAACUUAUUGAUUAGAGCGAUGCAAUAAAUAUUAAUCAUGGUUAUGUAGCUACUUAAUAUGAAGCUGACUGAAACCCUUUACGUAACAGCUUUCUGGGAUGGUUUAGGGAGAAUGAGGGUGUCUAAAACUGGGUGCUUAACCCUAACCUGACAUGCUUAGAUUAUUGAAAUCUAAAAUCUAAAAACAUAAAGUGCUUAAUGCUGAGUAUUUCUGCUGUGUCCUCUUGUUCUCUUCAUGAUGUAGGUGGCUGUUGUAAGUGCGUUCGCCCAGACACUGAGACGUUACACCAGUCUGAACCACCUGGCUCAAGCAGCCCGCGCCGUCCUCCAGAACACGUCUCAGAUCAACCAGAUGCUCUCCGAUCUGAACCGCGUCGACUUCGCUAACGUCCAGGUAAAUCUGUCGGAUUGAUUGCUCGGUGAUCUUGCUUUGACACUAACCGGGAGUGUCGCCCACUGUCCAGACGGUGUUGUUAGGUUUCUUGCUGACUGGGUUUGGGUGCGUUUGUUUUGUCGUUUAGGAGCAAGCGUCGUGGGUGUGUCAGUGUGAUGAGAGCGUGGUCCAGCGUCUGGAGCAAGACUUCAAGGUCACCCUGCAACAGCAGAGCUCUCUGGACCAGUGGGCCACCUGGCUCGACAAUGUGGUCUCUCAGGUCCUGAAGCCCCAUCAGGGCAGCCCCAGCUUUCCCAAAGCAGCACGUCAGUUCCUGCUUAAGUGGUCUUUCUACAGGUAUGAGUCUGGUGAUUCCAUCUAUCCUCCUCCCUGUAGCUUCAACUCGGUCUCCAAACAAAACUUCAUGUUGAAUCUGUUUUUGUUUCUGUCUCCCCUGCAGCUCCAUGGUGAUCAGAGACCUGACCCUGCGCAGUGCAGCCAGUUUCGGGUCUUUCCACCUGAUCCGCCUUCUGUAUGAUGAGUAUAUGUUUUACCUGGUGGAACAUCGUGUGGCUCAGGCUACUGGAGAAACCCCUAUUGCUGUCAUGGGAGAGGUAAGAGAGGAGAAGAAGCAGCUACAGUUGUUGAAAACACAUGUUGAGGACGGUGGUGGAAAUAUAAACUCGUCUGUUCUCAUUCACAGUUCAGUGACCUGAGCUCGAUGAUGCCAUCACUCAUGGAGAAGGGUAAGCCUUUAAAGCGAAUACUUCUAGUUUUGGUUGUGUUGGAAUCAUGUUCCUUUUGGUUUUCUGGGACGUUCAAAAAAUCCAGGUCUGUUUAUUUUCUCUUAAAAAACAGCCUCUAAAAAGACAAAACCCUCCAUACAGGAAAAAUAGUUGCUUUAUGUCCUUUCGUAAAGUAGAAAUAAAUGUUUAUUGUCGUUUCACACCGAGCUGUUUCUGUCCCCCUUCCUGCUCUUGACAUUAGCCUGAACUCUCGUCCUCCAUCUCUCUCCCCGAAUCAUUAGACGCAUCCUUCUCUGACGAGAUGAGUGACCUAGGCAGUGACGCCGAUACCUCCAGAGGGCCGACUGAACCGGCUGUGAAGAGAGAGAGGAUUGAAAUGAGUCACCCUCUGCAGGAGAUGGGAGUCUGA